AUGAGACACAACGUUCUGAGGAUCCUGCCAAUUCUGUGGUGCACGCUGCACGUCUACACUGGACAAUUGAUCCGUGACGCGCGAUGUUUUCUGGAGAACGGUGCCACCGCCGCUCACCUUUUCGUCAACGAAGAUCUGCCGGUCGGUGACACCGUGGGUGUUCUCGGUGUGCUAGGGGAUCCUGGGCCUCAAGGAGACGUCGAGCUCAGACUGCAGGAAAUCGACAGUCCCGUCGCGUUCGCAGCGUAUUCAAAGAACUUAACCCUAGUAAGACCCCUAGACAAAGAGGGUGUUGACGGGCCCGCGAGCGUGUACGUGAACGUGAUCUGCGAGAGGAAGCACACGCUGGAUCCAGGAUUCGUGAUACCAGUGAAUAUUCGCGUGACAGACGCCAACGAUAAUGCCCCGCAAUUCGUUAACGCGCCUUACGUGCUUAAUAUCUCCGAGGUCACUGUGGUUGGCACGAGGGUUCUGCAAGGAGUACGAGCCGCGGAUGCUGACCAACCAGGACCAUUUUCCACUGUGCAAUACGCUGUCUUGCCAGGACCACAUUCGGAUUACUUCGUGUUCGUGAACGCUUUAGAGGGCACUUUGGUUCUCAGGAAACCGCUGGACUACGAGACUCUGUCCAAUUUUUCCGUCGAUAUUCGAGCGCAGGAUCAAGGGAACCCGCCGAAAUCGUCCACCACAACCCUCCACGUGAACGUGAUCGACGCGGAUGACCAGAAUCCUGCGUUCCAAAGCGAUCAAUAUAAAAUCAUCAUACCACGACAAAUAAAACCGAGGAGGGUGCUGCAAGUGGAUCCAGCUCCGAUAAAAGCGGUGGACCAAGAUUUGGGGAUCAACGCGCCGGUCAAGUACACAAUCCAAGGCGGAAUACUACCAUUUCUCACUCUGAACCCUGAAACUGCCGAGGUCGUAAUCACGCGGCUACUGUACGAGCACGAAUUGUUAUCUCCGGCGACAAUUGUCGUCAAGGCAACGCAGGUAGACAAUCCGGACAAAUAUGCGCUUUCGACGAUAGUGGUUUCGCGUGAAAGCGAUUGGAGCGUGGAACCCACCGCUGGCGGAAGAUUGCCAAUUAGGUUCAUCAGGCGGGAUCAUCAGACGAGCAUCCCGGAGAACACGCCACCAGGAAGCGUUUUAUUGACGACGGCCGUAAACAAAGCGGACUCCAACCUGAGAUUCUGGCUGGUCGGAGCGAUCGAGGAUCUAGAAAGAUUCUCCAUCACGAACUCCGGUGAACUGAUUUUGAAGGGAACUCUGGAUUACGAGAGGAGGAUCCAGCAUAGUUUUUUGGUUCGGGUCACUGACGGUCAUCACAAUGACACGUCGCGCGUGAACGUCUCCGUCGAGGACGUGAACGAAUGGGAACCCCGGUUUCGUCAUCCGAGAUACGAAUUUCACGCUGCAACCUUGAAAGAGGGAUCCAUUGUCGGGAAGCUGGAGGCUGCCGAUGGCGACAGGGACGACAAAGUGAGUCUAUCUCUUCGAGGACCCGACGCAAGGUCAUUCGAGAUUCGUGACAACGGAGAGUUAAUCUUAAGGUCAUCGACAACGAUAAAUGGCUCCCUGGCUCGAUUGGUGGCCGUCGCUUCUGAUUCUGGUCGCCCUCCCAGAUCGAGUAUGAUCCCAGUGAUCGUUCACAUACCAAACACCGGAUCACUGCCGAUCGCUGCUAGAGCUGCGCCCGCUUGGCUGGGCAGCAGCGUUCUCCUGGUAGCUGUUUUCGGCGCAGUCUUGGGCCUGCUAGGAGUCAUAAUACUCGUUCUAAUUUUGUACAUAUAUAAACAUAAGAGGCCAAAGACUAGCGGGUCCGUGAGUUCCGUGGGGACCGGGUACCGUGAAAAAUCACCGGUGCCCUCCGCGUUGAGCCCCACUCCCCAGGUGCUCGGCGCCAGCAUGCUCCAGGACGCCAUGGAAGUUCCUCGAAGAGGGAAUCGUCACGAGGGUCCGCACAGUAUCGACGAGAACGACGAGGAGGAUGACGCCGAAGGCGACCGCGACGACGAGGAUCACGUUGACCAGGAAAUCGUCGAUGACAGUAACCACGGCGAGAUGCAAGAGGUGAACGACGGGGGGAACGACGUGGAGAACCCUGUUUUCGGGGCGAGGAACUCUUACAGCGCCACGAUCAAAAGUUUAUCGUCAGCCAGGCAAAUGCCUCUGUACGCAAGGCACAAAGUGGCACCAGCUCCAAAUCCACCGGGCCUAUCCGCAACGUCAAACAUCCCCAACAUCGGCGGCCUGGUGCAGAACAUGAACGACUUGAGCGCGAAGUCGAACUUGAACGCCGCUUCCCGCGAAUCUUCCAAUUACGCCGGGGCUGAUCUGCCGGACUCGUUGUUGCCAGCCUGGCCAGCCUGCUCUGUCUCGCAAAGAGUUAAGAAACUAUCGUGGGACGACGAUGACAGGACGGUGGACAGCGUGGAAGUGACGGCUGAAACGAGGUCCAAAAACAGCCAGGCGGGGAACGAGCGGCUCAAUCUCACCGUGUACUUCUAAUUGACCCGCGAAACGAAAGACUGAAGGCCGAGAUGAAAGGAUUCCUCCGCGCGGGAUGUUGUAUCGUCGCCGGACGCGAUAACCAA